AUGUUUGCCAUAUAUUUGCUAUCACUGUUGGUGGCCUCAACGGCUUCAGUCUCCCCUACUGCUGAUCUUCAUCGAGUUCCCUACCUCCCCGGCUACGGUCAGGUUACUGGAGUUUACGCUGGACAUGUUCUGGCAAACAGAUCAUCUGAUGGUCAUCUUUGGUACAUGCUAUUCGAACAUGAGGAUCCUCUUGAUGAUAACGAGGAAGACGUUCCUCUGUUGUUGUGGCUGAAUGGAGGCCCAGGAGCGAGCAGUUCCCUGGGUAACCUACUCGAAAACGGCCCGUAUCGUCUUCACCCGAAUAUGUCGUUGACGGAGAACCCAUGGUCGUGGGCUAGACUUGGUCAUUGUGUGUAUUUCGAUCAGCCUGUUGGAACUGGGUUCUCCUAUAGUAACUCUGAUGGGUAUGUGACGGAUUUCCAUCAGUUGGCUGUGCAGUUUUCUACGGCGCUUGAUAGUUUUUUUGAAAUUCAUCCGAAUUUACGGAAAGCUAGGACGUUCAUCACGGGGGAGUCGUUCGCCGGUGUUUACAUUCCAGUGAUAACAUCUUAUAUUUUGGAAAGGAACAAAGAGCUUCCUGAAGAGAACAGAGUAAAUCUCGAAGGAAUGAUAAUUGGCAACCCUGGCAACCUCCAUUGGAUACAAUACCAUUCAUCGAUCGAAUACUUUUACGUCCAAGGCCUCAUCGGGUCGAAAGCAAGGGAACAUGCUGAAGGAAUGUGGCGAUCAGUGGAGAAUUUGAUGGCGGCUGGUCGUGAAGUGGAAGCCUUCCAGAAGGCUGAGGCAAUGCAGGAGUACAUGCAGAAGGCUGCUGGUCACCCCUUCCUAUACGACACACGUCAAUGGGGUGACACGUUUAACAAUAUUUACUCGGCUGCUAUGAAGGAGUACUUCUCGAGAGAUGACGUCAAUGCGGCGUUUCACACAGGAGGUAUCAAGUGGCAGAAUGGUGACGGCACUGCUGCGCCCAAUCCAGUAGCUAUCAAAUUGCAGACGAAAUUGAUGAGCCCGGUCCUGAGAGAGAUCAAGUCCAUCUUGUCUGCGGGCUUGCCGACGAUGAUCUACACAGGAGUAUUCGAUGGAAGUUCAUGUGGCCACUUGAGCGUUAUGGAUGCCCUCCAUAUGGUCGCCUACGAGCCUCUCGAAGAAGCUCCCAGAAAGCUGUGGAUGGGCUCAGAGCAUCCCUUCGGGUUUGUUCAAUCAGGUGGUGCCCUUACUUUCGUGUGGGUAUCCAACUCUGGUCAUAUGGUUCCGACGGACCAGCCUGAGGCCGCCCUUGAUAUGAUGGACAGAUUCGUAAGUCCAAACUUUUGA